AUGGAACAUAACAAUCAAACAGAGAGGAAGAAGAAGACUACAACAACAACUACAACAGAGUAUGAAGACUUGUUACCAGUCAUGGCAGAGAAGCUUGAUGUUGAGAAUUUUGUGUCUGAAUUAUGCAAAGGGUUUGAGCUUUUGGCUGAUCCUGAAAAGGGUCUGAUUACUUCAGGGAGUCUUAGAAAGAAUUCUGCUUUUCUUGGGAUGGAAGGAAUGAGUAAAGAAGAGGCAGAGGCUAUGGUUAGAGAAGGAGAUCUUGAUGGAGAUGGUGCUCUUAGUGAGACUGAAUUUUGCAUCUUAAUGGUAAGACUUAGCCCAGGAAUGAUGGAAGAUGCUGAGAUUUGGCUUGAGAAAUCAAUUGAUCAAGAGCUAAGCAAAUCAAAAUCAUCAAUUUAAUUCUCCUUUUUUUUUUUUGUAUUAUAGAUUUUUAUAGUUGUUGGAAUCCAAAACUCAUAUUAUGUUUCUUCACUUGCUAAGAAAUGUUAUUAUUAUCAGUAUUGUUGAUCAAAA